CGCCGCUGUCUCAGGGGCGCGCGCUCGAGUCCUGCCGCGAGCUGUUGCCUCGCGCGCCUUUCGUGCCCUUCUCCAGCCUUCGCCGCUCUUUUCCCACCGUUCGUUCCGCCGCGUGCUGUGGCUGCGGAGAACCGCCUAAAAUGACUUCUGUAUAAAUGCCACAGAAUAAAUGGCGUCCAAAGUAACGGAUGCUAUAGUCUGGUACCAGAAGAAGAUUGGGGCAUAUGACCAACAAAUAUGGGAGAAAUCCGUAGAACAACGAGAAAUCAAGGGUUUGAGGAACAAGCCAAAGAAAACUGGACAUGUAAAACCGGAUCUCAUAGAUGUUGAUCUUGUAAGAGGCUCCGCCUUUGCUAAAGCUAAACCAGAAAGUCCCUGGACCUCCCUGACUCGAAAGGGUAUUGUUAGAGUUGUGUUCUUCCCAUUCUUCUUUAGGUGGUGGCUACAAGUGACAUCAAAGGUUAUUUUCUCCUGGCUCCUUGUUCUUUAUCUUCUGCAAGUUGCUGCAGUAGUAUUGUUUUAUACAAUAGAAGGCCCACAUAAUAUACCUCUGACUGAAGUAAUAGGGCCAGUAUGGCUCAUGUUGCUCCUUGGAACUGUGCAUUGCCAGAUUGUUUCAACAAGAACACCUAAACCAUCUCCAAGUACAGGAGGCAGAAGGAGAAGGAAAUUAAGGAAAGCAGCACAUUUGGAAGUACAUAGGGAAGGCGAUGGCUCUAGUACUACAGAUAACACACAGGAAGGAACAGUGCAGAGCUACGGUACAAGCACCUCUUACAGUAUUGGCGCUGUCUUCCGAGAUAUCUGGCAUGCCGCUUUCUUUUUAUCAGGAGCAAAGAAAAUGAAGAAUUCAAUAGAUAAGUCAACAGAGACUGACAAUGGAUAUGUCUCCCUUGAUGGAAAAAAGAGAGGUAAAAGCAGCGAAGAUGUUUUGCAGUCCCAUGGGUCCCACUGUGAAGUUAUCAGACCAGAAGAGACAUGCUGGAGUACGGGAAUGGUCAGAAACAUAUACAGUAAUCCAAAUCAUCACAAAGAUGUCCCCAAAUCAGGUACUAGUUGCAGUUCACGAUGUUCAAGUUCCAGACAGGAUUCUGAGAGCACAAGGCCAGAAUCUGAGACAGAAGACAUAUUGUGGGAAGAUCUUUUGCACUGUGCAGAGUGCCGCUCAUCAUGUACCAGUGAGACAGAUGUGGAGAACUCUCAGGUUAAUUCAUGUAUGAAGAAAGAAUAUAGAGAUGAUCCAUUUCAUCAGAGUCAUUUACCCUGGUUUCAUAGUUCCAAUCCCGGGCUAGAAAAAGUAAGUGCAAUUGUUUGGGAAGGUAAUGACUGCAAAAAGGCUGAUAUGUCAGUGCUUGAGAUCAGUGGCAUGAUAAUGAACAGGGUUAACAGCUAUGUACCAGGAAUAGGUUAUCAGAUUUUUGGAAAUGUUGUGUCUGUAAUCCUGGGUUUAACACCAUUUGUAUUUCGGCUUUCUCAAGCUAAGGAUCUGGAGCACUUAGCCACCCACUCUGCUACUGAACUCUAUAGUAUUGCAUUUGGGUCAAAUGGAGACAUAAUGGUUAUUGCCAUGGUUACAGUAUGCUUCAUUGUUCGUGUUUCCCUUGUAUGGAUUUUCUUCUUCCUGCUAUGUGUGGCAGAGAGAACAUACAAGCAGAGGUUGCUCUUUGCAAAACUCUUUGGCCAUUUAACAUCAGCAAGAAGAGCACGAAAAUCAGAAGUUCCUCACUUCCGAUUAAAGAAGGUGCAGAAUAUUAAAAUGUGGCUUUCCCUGCGCUCCUAUCUGAAGCGUCGAGGUCCUCAGCGAUCAGUCGAUGUAAUUGUCUCAUCUGCUUUUUUGUUGACCAUUUCAGUUGUCUUUAUCUGCUGUGCACAGUUGCUUCAUGUACACGAGAUCUUCCUUGAUUGCCAUUAUAAUUGGGAACUUGUGAUAUGGUGCAUUUCUUUAACUUUGUUUCUUUUGAGAUUUGUUACACUUGGAUCUGAAACAAGUAAAAAAUACAGUAAUACCUCAAUACUACUUACAGAACAGGUGAGAAGUCUUCUAGUAAGAAUGAUGAUUACAUCUAGAUAUUUCAUUCUGUAUCCAUUCAAGAAUAGCUACUAAAAAUAUUCCUUGGUA